AUGUCGAUGCACUAUGCGGUUCUGGCUGGCUAUCGUCAGGUCGAUGGCGAAACCUACACCGCCAUAGUAACUACACUACUGUGUGUAGCGUUGCUACCUCAGGCGCCGCGGAUGCAGCAAAAUGCCGGUAACGCCAUCGCCAUCGCCAAUACUGCCACCAUCGCCACCAUCGUUGGAAAGAAGAACGGGUGUCAGGGUAUCAGCUCCGCUACCGUUCAGGCUGCUAGUAGGCGCAGAAGCAGCAGAGUAUCGUAG